GCAUUUGAUCAAGGAACUGCAGAGUCCUGUAAGAGCAGGUCUGAAACAGCGGGCCUUGCUCAGAGCUACGGUAAUCCCCAGCUCAUGAGGUUUGCAGCUGUUUCUUACUCGGUCAGAAGGGGAAGUGCUUACUGCAUCACUUACCUUAUUAAGAUACAGACAAAGACACAAAGACAUGGCACAUUCACAUAGCAAGACAGAGAAAGUAACAGUGUGUAAGAGAACAGGAGCUUUAAUAUCUUUCUGAAGUGGAGCUGGUGUGGAGAUUUGUGAGUGUGAACUCAGAAUGAAGAUCCUCCUCAUCUUCACCCUCUGCCUGAUCUCAGAUGGCAGAAGCUCCAAGGAAGUAAGAGGAUAUUCAGGAGGAGGAGUCCAUAUCAAGUGCAAGUAUGAUAAAAAAUACACAGAAAAACAAAAAUAUUUCUGUAAGGAUUCAUGGCUAGUUUGUUCUGUCCAAAUAAAGACAGGAAAUAAAAAUAAGUGGGUAAAUUCAGGAAGAUUCUCUCUGUUUGAUGACACCAAUUCAACGGAGAUCAGGGUGAUGAUCAGAGAGCUCAAUAUAGAGGACACCGGGAAGUACCAGUUUGGAAUUGAUAUAGGUUGGAAGAGAGACAUUCACACACCUGUGGAACUGGAAGUAAAGGAAGGGGCCAUGAUCUCUAAAGAAGUGACUGCAUAUGCAGGGGGAGGAAUCAACAUCAAGUACAGAUAUGAGGAUGAAUAUAAAUACAAACCAAAAUUUUUCUGUAAGAUUGGAACACAUCAGUGGUGUUUUAAUCGAAUAACAACAAAACUAAACAGUGAAUUGGUACGGGAUGGCAGAUUCUCAGUUCAUGACUACAGAAGUGCAGGAUUCUUCAGUGUGUUUAUCAGCGAGCUGAUUACGAAGGACACUGGAAUAUACGCGUGUACUGUUGUUGUGUCUGAUGAAAUCGAGAUCUACACUGUUGUGAAGCUGAAUGUAAGAGAAGAUCUGUUCUAUGAGAAGUCCAUCAUGAAGACUGUCCAUGUAAGAGGAGAUUUGAAGGUCAACUGUAAAUACCCAGAAUCCCACAGGAGUGACCCCAAGUUUCUCUGCAGGAGGCUGCAAGAGUCUGCUUGUUCUUAUUAUACAACUGUUAAAGAAAGUAGAAAAUAUGUAAAUAUGGGGAAAUUGUCCCUGUAUGAUGACAGAGCAAAACAAAUCUUCACUGUGAGCAUUAGAAAUGUAACUGAGCAGGACUCUGGUGAAUACUGGUGCGGAGCUGAAGCAGGUGUGGAGUCGAAGGUUUAUUUCACACAGAUCAACCUGACAGUUACUGAUCCACGUGUUUCAGUUUCAACCUCAAAGCCAACACAACCUUCAUCAUCAUCAUCAUCAUCAUUUACACCAUUACUUCUCACAAAUAAACACAAAUCCUGGCCUACUCCAGCCUUUCCUCCAACAGGAUUUCCAGCUUCCACUAAGAUCACUGUGUCUGUAAUUCUGCUGCUGCUGCUUCUGAUUGGAAUCUCAUUCCUCACUUUGACUCUACUAAAGAGAUGCAAGAUGCAAGGCACAGCUUCUACUGGCAGGAGUUCUGUCCAAGACUCAGGAAACAACCAAGGGGUUUCUCUUGAUGUCCGUGAGUUCGAGGAGAUUAAAGACACCAGACACCUUUCUGCCUCAGAUACUGGAACUUCCACAGUUUACUCUACUGUUCAAAAACCCACGAUCCCCUCUGAUCCUCAAACUGUUUACACAAACACUGAGUUACCUACAAGCCCAUGUGAUUUUGCACAUACUGUUUAUUCUACUGCUCAACUACCCACAAACCCUCCUGAUCAGGACAUCUACUCCACAGCUCAGUUACCCCCAAGUCUCUCGGCUGAGAAAUCUGCUGAAGGUCUGACACAACAGUGAGUUUUCAUGCCAAUGUCACCAGCUCUAAUAAUGCCAUUCCAAAGAUUAUCUUUAAGAAGGAAGAGGUUUCAUGUGACUAUGCUUCAGUCAGUCAUGUCUUUACUUCAUGUGGCUAGUGUAACACUUCUCCUGGGUUGGGUCGGGAAUGAGGAGGCGGGAGGCAGGCUGAGGACAACUCCCACCUUUAUAAUGCAACUGCUACCAGUCAGGAGGACAAAAGCUUACACACACUUUCUGGACACAUGGACACAUGAAGCCAACCAACUACAUGCUGCAUCACAGGGCAACACACUUGGAAGGAAAACACUAUCUGCCUCUUCAGCAUACCUGAGUUCACAGAUGCUCACAAUUGGCUAGUGUCCCUGUGAUUGACAAGGGAGAGACAGCAGGCCACCCCUCCCACUCAGAGGGUAUGUCCAAUUUUGUACUUACGGCUGUGGCAUCGUUGGGAUCUGAACUUAUGAUCUCCGGACAAUAGGGUGAACGCUUUUUCUUUUGCGACACUCCAUUUUGCAUUUUGGACCAAAAUUCUUGUUUCUGCUUAGAAAGCUCCAAGCCCAUAGUAUGUGCCCACAUGCUACUCUGUAUGCUAGGUGAAAAAGUUUUUUUUUUUAUAUUGAUAAUAAUUUGAUUCACUAAAAUAUUGAAUUUCACCAAGAGUGAUGAAUAAUAAACACAUUGCUACAUGUAAUAUAUAAACGUUUUACAGGAGGCCAUGCUUCCCAUGGAUUCUUAAAUCAGUCAGCUGUGGUUUAGCUCUGAUUGGCAUUGCAGACUGACAGUCUGACAGAGGGCUGUCAAUCAAGCAUUCUCAUUACAAUAUUAGACCACACCCACCAAGAAAGUCAGGGUGGGCCUGCUCAGUGAAUUCACCUGGUGGUUGAGCAGUAUUUAACCCUUUUCUGUCUUGUUUUUUUUUUUUUUUAAAUCUUUUAGCUGUUUAAUAUACAAAUUUGGUAUCAUACAAGCAUUUACAUAACUGUCCUUGGACACCCAAUGUUUAAACCAAUGAUUAAAAUUCACUUUAUUCAGCAGCUAAUAUGCAGUAUUUUUAGCAAAUCUACUGUAGCGUUAUUAAAGCAUAUUGUAGCAUUGUGUAUUAUUAAAUCAGGCAUUAAUUUGUAUAACUGCAAGCUCCUGUGCCUGCCUGUUAAUGUGGUGCUUGAUGUUUUGUUUUAUUAGAAUAAGUGUUUGUUGUAAGAGAAAUGUGUUUAUGGGUUGGCUGUGUUAGUGUUCAUGUUAUUAUGUUUGUUCUAACUACCAUCCAACACUGGUUAUCCCUAUCCUGGCAAUUCUGGAACUAAUCACCCAGCCUGUGCUUGUGCUGUUAAUGUGAGUUUGCCAAGAAAAGAGCAAGUGCAUUGUUUUACCAGUGCUUCCUGGUCAAGCUUCUUCCUUGCCGACACUACAGUAUGAAGUUACAAGGGUGAGGAAUAUAAUUCUGGAGCAGACAACAGCAGGUGUUUUGGUGUUGCAGGACAACAAUAAUACUUGAGAGGCUAUCACUGUUGACUUACGCUAUAGCCUACUGUCUAGUGAAUUUUUUGAGUAUGCCCGUCAUAGACAGUUGAGAGUCAACAACAUACAGUUAUCUAGCAGACAGUCGUUUUGAAUGGUUUUAGAUGUACCCUUUGUAAUAAUCCAGCUACAACCUUAGCUUAAGCCUUCGCCGGGAGUGCCCAGAAGAAAGGGAAUAAAUUCGAGACAGAUACCGAAAAGUAGAUACUCUCUGCAUAUUUUAUUGGAAAUGCUGAUGGUGACUUAACCUUCCGACACUGUCUUUUAUAAUAAUCCAAAACAUAGAAAACAAUAUGUGCGAGGCACACACGAGCACGCGGUCCGGGGGGGGG